GAAAGAGAGGGGCAUUCUCAGAUUUCCCGAUUUCUCCCAGCCGAGUCCGCUGUGCCGCUUCCACAUCACGGCCGACAGCAAACCGAGACGACGACGACGACAUGCGCGCAGCGUGCCUCAACCCCGCAUUCAUUCCAGCCGGACUGUGUUGUCCCAAAUCCAUCUAGACCCAGACAAGAUCAGGAACCUCGAUCCUAAGGGAAUGGUGCAGCUGAGAUGACCUGCGUGACCGUACUUUUCUCAAGAGAUCAUUCUCCGAACGAGAGAGUGGAGAAAGAUCUAGCCCGGGACAUGGUUGGCAGGUUCAGAUGAUGGACAGGUGAUGGAGUCUUCCAUCAUCUUUCUCCUCCAGUGACUCGGCCUGCCAGCCCUCCCUCUGAGGCUUAAGUGUGUACCAACAGUCCAAGGCCCCGUAAUUUCUCUGCCAUGGUGACAUAAGCAGCGCUGCAAUAUGAGGGAGAGCCAACGUGAGACCGUCUCAUUUCUUUCUCCAGUAGCUGCUGCAGCUGCUACCUCAACGCCGUUUGUAUUUAGCUCCAUAGCAAGACUGACUUUGUGAAUAAUCCCUGCUCGCCGUUUCUACCCACACCGAGAGAGGCGGUCCCCAAGGCGUGUUGCUGGGCCGGCGGGGCGGUGUGGCGCGGGACGAUGCUGGGAUGCGUGACACGCCUCCGUCGGCUGGUCCGUCUCCUCCCCCUGCAGACCUCCCUCCUCCUUCUCUUCCUCUUCUGCACCGUCAGCGUCUUCAUCUCUGCCUACUUCCUCUAUGGCGUCAAGCGGGAGCUGGAGCCAUCGGGAGGCGGCGUGUCCGGGGCUGAGGGAGCAUCCGCCGACUCCGAUGAUCCGAGGGUCACUCCGUCACGACUGCUACCUUUGCGGGGCAUGUCAGGGGGCCCCGGGGUGGAUCCCGGGGGGGCCAGGACAGAUCCUGUGGUUCUGGUGUUUGUGGAAAGCCAGUAUUCUCAACUGGGUCAGGAGAUUGUGGCCAUCUUAGAGUCUGGCCGGUUCAAGUACCGGACUGAGAUCUCUCCCGGUAAAGGUGACAUGCCCACAUUGACAGACAAAGAGAGGGGGCGUUUCACACUGGUGAUUUAUGAGAACAUUCUCAAGUAUGUUAACUUGGACGCCUGGAACCGAGAGCUGCUGGACAAGUACUGUGUGGAAUAUGGAGUGGGCAUCAUUGGCUUCUUCAAGGCCAAUGAGAACAGUCUGCUCAGUGCACAGCUGAAAGGCUUCCCCCUCUUUCUUCACUCUAACUUGGGUCUGAAGGACUGCACCGUCAACCCCAAGUCCCCCUUGCUUUUUAUCACUCGAUCCGGGCAGCCCUUGCCAGGUCCUCUCCCCGGGGAUGACUGGACCGUUUUCCAGUCCAACCACUCUACGUACGAGCCUGUGUUGCUGGCCAAGACCCAAUCAGCUGAGAGUGUCGCAUCGAUGGGGCAGAACGCUGCUCUGCUCCCGUCGGUGGUGCAGGACCUGGGGCUUCAUGAUGGCAUCCAAAGGGUCCUGUUCGGCAACAACUUGGUCUUCUGGCUGCACAAGCUGGUGUUUGUGGACGCUGUGGCCUUUCUGACGGGGAAGAGACUCUCGCUGUCCCUGGAGCGCUACAUGCUGGUGGAUAUAGAUGACAUCUUUGUGGGCAAAGAGGGCACACGCAUGAAGGUGCCUGACGUUAAGGCCCUGCUGGAGACACAAAGGGAGCUGCGUACCCAUGUGCCCAACUUCACCUUCAAUCUGGGCUUCUCAGGGAAAUUCUUUCACGCUGGAUCUGAUGAGGAGGACCUGGGAGACGAUCUGCUGCUUUCCUACGUGAAGGAGUUCUGGUGGUUCCCUCACAUGUGGAGCCACAUGCAGCCCCAUCUGUUCCACAACCAGUCCGUGCUGGCCGAGCAGAUGUUGCUCAACAAGAAAUUUGCCAUGGAGCAUGGGAUCCCCACUAACAUGGGCUACGCUGUGGCGCCCCACCACUCUGGCGUCUACCCUGUCCACAUGCAGCUGUACGACGCCUGGAAGAAAGUGUGGGGCAUCAAGGUGACCAGCACAGAGGAAUACCCACACUUGAAGCCUGCCCGCUUCCGGCGAGGUUUCAUCCACAGCGGCAUUAGCGUGCUGCCCAGGCAGACAUGUGGUCUUUUCACGCACACCAUCUUCUAUAAAGACUACCCGGGCAGUCCGAAUGAACUGGACAAGCUCAUCAAUGGUGGAGAACUCUUCCUCACCGUUCUGCUGAACCCUAUAAGUAUCUUCAUGACCCACCUGUCCAACUACGGGAAUGACCGCCUUGGCCUUUACACAUUUAAAAGCCUGGUGAUGUUCAUCCAGACGUGGACCAACCUGAAGAUGCAGACCCUGCCACCUGUUCAGCUGGCUCAGAAAUACUUCAGCCUGUUUCCCUCUGAGAGAGAUCCACUCUGGCAGGAUCCUUGUGAGGACAAAAGGCACAAGGACAUCUGGUCCAAAGAGAAAACAUGUGACCGCUUCCCCAAACUGCUCGUCAUUGGGCCUCAGAAGACAGGGACAACAGCGCUUUACCUGUUUCUUGGCAUGCACCCUGACCUGACCAGUAACUACCCCAGCAAGGAGACCUUUGAGGAGAUCCAGUUCUUCAAUGGGCACAACUACCACAGAGGCAUUGACUGGUAUAUGGAGUACUUCCCUCUGCCCUCCAACACCAGUUCAGACUACUACUUUGAGAAGAGUGCCAACUACUUUGACUCUGAGGUGGCUGCUCAGAGGGCUGCAGCUCUCCUACCCAAAGCCAAGAUCAUCACCAUCCUCAUCAACCCAGCGGACAGAGCGUACUCUUGGUACCAGCACCAAAGAGCCCACGAUGACCCGGUGGCGUUGAAAUACUCCUUCCAUGACGUCAUCACCGCAGGCCAUGAUGCUCCAGUCAAACUACGGGUCCUCCAGAAUCGCUGUCUGGUACCAGGCUGGUACGCCAUCCACCUGGAGCGCUGGCUCAACUACUAUCACUCCAGCCAGUUGUUAGUCUUGGAUGGACAGAUGCUAAAGACCGAGCCUGCGUCAAUCAUGGAUAAAAUCCAGAAGUAUUUGGCUCUGGCCAACGUGAUCAACUACCACAAGAUCCUUGCGUUCGACCCUAAGAAAGGCUUCUGGUGUCAGCUGCUGGAGGGUGGGAAGACAAAGUGUUUGGGAAAGAGUAAAGGACGCAGGUACCCUGACAUGGACUCUGAGUCACAGAGGUUCCUCAGGGAGUACUAUAGGGAUCACAACAUUGAGCUUUCCAAGCUGCUCUACAGGAUGGGUCAGCCGCUGCCCAGCUGGCUCAGAGAAGAACUGGUCCACACCAGGUAGCAGCACCACAGGGGGGAGACCACAUCUCUACACACUGAACCACUGCUCGAGCCUGCUGGGGGGGGGACGCUGGCCAAGUGGCCUGAAAUGUUCAGGAUCCCAAAAAAGUUUUGAAAGAGACUGGAAUGUAUGGAGAUUUGAGGAUGGGAUGCCCAAGCAGAACUUGAUCUUCCUAAAUGAACAAGACGACAGUGGAUGGUGAGAAAGAAGAGAGCUUAGUUGCUUUCAGCAGCUGAUUCCAUCUCUCUCCCUGAGCUUCAAGAUGCCGUUACUCCCCUGCAGGUCAAACCAGGACCACGGAAGCCGUAAUGAUGGCUUCUGCUGUGUUCUGAAGAAGGAGGAGGAGAAGAAGGAAAGGCUCAGUGACACACAGGAGUGACUUCCAGUGGUUGAUAAUCACAUCCCUGCUCUCCUUAAUCAAACCUUCUCUUCUUCUUUGCAUGAACUUCUUGAAAGUCAAAGGAAUAAGAGAGAGAAUAAAGUCUGAAGCUUGAGCAGCCAUCUUCACUGUUUCAGCUCUGGGGAAACAGGUGGAAGUGAUGAACACAACAUCACCUGUGUCUCUGCAUUAAAUCAGGCAAUGUAACAUUGACCAAAUGGAGGCCUGACUUACAGAGAGACAUUUGUUGUAAAUGCCUUUGAUAUAAGUGAAGUGUAUGUAUGAGAGGAGAAUUGGACAUCUGGAGUCUUGACUCAGGCUGCAUGUUGUAGCCUUACUUGAUAGGCCUUGGUAGAAUCUAGUAAUCGCAUUUACAAGUGCCAGGACAGAAUCUUCAUUAAAAUAUUACCACAUGGACUUUUGAGAGUUCUUUUUUUUAAAGUUUUAUGUUGUUGGGUUUUUUUGCUCUGAUUUUGUUUUAACAUUUAUAUAAUGCUGAUGGCAAUGCAUUAUUGUAGAAUGUACCAAAACUAAACACCUUAGCUCAGUUUUCUCGUAUAGGCCACAUGUACAGUAGACUGGUUUAUUAACGUGUUCGGCUCUGCCUCCUCUUUAGUCAGUUCCAAGACCAUUAGAUUGGCUAAAGCAGGAACAGUAGGAUAGAUGUUGAAAGCACAAUAUUUAAGUCACUCAAGUGAACAUCGAUUCUGAACAUAACAGGUUUAAUAGAAAGCACACUAACAAAAUGGGUCCUGCUACAAUCUGUGAAGAAGAUCAUAAGCUAGCUACUGUAUGAUUAAUUAAACACUCUGGACUGAGCGAUUCAGAUAGUGUACAGAACAAGUUUGUGCAUUUCAGAUCUGUUUCGGCAUUGGGUUUAUUUUGUUUUGUUUUUUUGUCAAAACUGUAUAUUUUGUUUCUUUUACUAGAUGAGUUUAGGUUUUGGCGGGGAGGAAAAAAAAAAAAAAGCUGUCUCUGGGAAAAGCGUUUAAAGUUGCCAGGAAAACCAACAGUAUUCCCAGUGAGACCAUUCAGACGUUUGGUUGUCAGUCAAGGUGUUACCACUGCAACUAGAUGUCAAGCAUAGAUAACAAAAAGCUGCUCUUAUUGCAAUAGUUUUGUACAAUGUUCUGAUGUAAUAACAAUGCACAUGUUGGUCCUUUUUAUUUCCUGACUUUGUAAUGUACAUAAUACGCAACCCUCGGUAGACCUAAAUUAUUGAAUGUGUUUGGGUUUACGCUCUCCAUCAGCCCAUUCCCAUAGUGUGAAAUGUCAGUGCUGUACUGAGGGGAGUUUGGAUUAUGUCAUUGUGCAGAGGUGUGUUGCUAAGAUUGUUUCCUCUCAUGUCCUCUCACUGCCAACUAUUGUACACAGGUACUGAGUCUCUCCAUAUAAAGUAUUAAGUGAUAACACAUAACAGCAAUGAUGGUACUAAUCUCCUGGACUGUAUGAUAAAGAUUUGUAAUUGUUGUCAAUAAUUUUUACAGUGUAACUAAUAUUGUCGGUGCUUUUUAAUUUGCAAAUAAAACACCACUGUAUUUUUCAAUA